GUCAGGGCAGCAGUAGUUUGUCCUCGAGCUGCAUGAGCUCGGACUGCUGGAGAUAUCUGCGAAGAGGAGGAGCUGUCAAAGUUUGAGUUUCCCAGAGAAGGAAUGGUAUUUUUCUUAACGAGAAAAAACUAAACAUUUUAAGUUUUGAAGAGGAAUAUCGCGUGUCCUUGGCAUGGAAUGACACCUCCUCAUCGGGAGCUUCAAAAACACGAUGGCAACGAGUUUUCCGAAGUGGAUCAGUCUCACCUCUCUUCUCUGCUUGGGCUGCUGUGUUCUGUCGGAAAAGAAAGUAUGCCAAGGCAUCACUAACCGUUUAAACCUUCUGGGUUCCAAAGAGGACCACUACCUGAACAUGGUGAAGACCUAUAGCAACUGCACUGUGGUCCUGGAGAACCUGGAGGUCACCUACAUGGAGGAGCACAGUGACCUGUCCUUCCUCAGGUCUAUUGAAGAAGUAGGCGGCUAUGUCCUGAUCGCCCUCAAUACAGCGUCCAGGAUUCCUCUGGAGAACCUGCGCAUCAUUCGAGGUCAUUCGCUCUAUGAGGGAGCGUUCGCCCUUGCUGUGCUUGCCAAUUAUGACAAAGCUACAGGUCAGGGCUCCAGUGAGCUUCUUCUGACCAGCCUGACAGAAAUUCUUAAAGGAGGUGUAAAGUUUGGGACCAGCCUUCUAUGCAAUGUGGAAACAAUACAGUGGUAUGAUAUUGUCAACGCGGACAGCAAACCCAACAUGGAGCUCCCAGUGGCCAGCAAAAAUCCACUUUGUAAAAGAUGUGACUCAAGCUGCUUCAAUGGUUCAUGCUGGGCACCUGGUCCUCAAAACUGUCAGACCUUAACAAAGCUGAACUGUGCACAGCAGUGCUCUAAGAGAUGCAAAGGACCUUCACCCAGCGACUGUUGUAAUGAGCAUUGUGCUGCGGGCUGCACAGGACCACGGCCCACCGACUGUCUGGCCUGUCGGGACUUCCAGGACGACGGGGUGUGUAAGGACUCCUGCCCGGGACUCAUGCGCUACGACCCCAACCUGCACCAGCUGGUACCCAACCCACAUGGAAAGUACAACUUCGGGGCCACCUGUGUCGAGAGCUGCCCACAUAAUUAUGUUGUGACUGAUCAUGGAGCGUGUGUGCGGACAUGCAGUGGUGACACAUACGAGGUGGACGAGGGAGGAAUCAGGAAGUGUGCCAACUGUGACGGACUGUGCCCAAAAGUGUGUAAUGGACUUGGAACAGGAAACCUGACUCACACCCUGUCUAUCAAUGCGACCAACAUUGACUCCUUUAAAAACUGCACUAAAAUCAAUGGCAACAUUGCAAUCAUCCACACAUCGAUUCAUGGGGAUAAGUAUACCAAAACACCAAAGAUGGAACCUGCCCAGCUUGAUGUGUUUAAGACAGUUAAAGAAAUUACUGGAUACUUGUGGAUUGAAACAUGGCCAGAGAGCUUGAGCUCACUCAGUCCUUUUAAGAAUCUGGAGAUCAUUCGAGGACGAACUAAACGUGGUAGCCGCAGUGUGGUUAUGGCUCAGCUCAAUAUCCACUACCUGGGCCUUCGCUCCCUCAAAGAAAUCAGCGAUGGAGACGUGGUCAUCUUUAAGAACCAGAAUCUGUGCUACACCAAAAAAAGUCACUGGGAGAGGCUCUUCAAAUCAAAAAGCCAAACUGCUACCAUAGAGGAAAAUGCUGAUGCCGCCACAUGUGCUCAAAGGAACAACACUUGUGACAGGAAGUGCACCGCGGACGGCUGCUGGGGCCCCGGCCCGGACAUGUGUUUCACCUGCCGUGACUACAGCCGUAACGAGAGCUGUGUCAACUCAUGCAACAUCCUGGAGGGAGAGCCGCGGGAGGUCGUCGUGAAUAAAACCUGCAUGGCGUGUCACCCCGAGUGUCAGCGGAUGAAUGGGACUGCAACCUGCAGCGCACCUGGUUCUGGAAACUGUUCGAAGUGUGCCAACUUCCAAGAUGGACUGUUCUGUGUGUCUCGAUGUCCCCAAGGCGUGCCAGGGGAGGAAGAAACGCUUGUGUGGAAAUACGCAGAUGAGAUGAAAGUGUGCCAGCUAUGCCACAAAAACUGCACUCAAGGGUGCAUUGCGCCUGGUCUCGAAGGCUGCCAGGGUAAAAGCUCCCACCUGUCUUUCAGCCCUUCUGGUCUUUCCAUGAUUGCGGCUGGUGUAGUCGGUGGUCUGCUGGCUGUUCUUAUUGUGGGCCUGUCUGUCUUUGUGUUGCUACGCCGACGCCACAUCAAGAGGAAGAGAACCAUGCGCAGACUUCUCCAAGAGAGAGAGUUGGUCGAACCUCUGACUCCAAGUGGAGAGGCACCAAACCAGGCUCUGCUGCGGAUCCUGAAGGAACCUGAAUUUAAGAAAAUCAAAGUGCUGGGAUCAGGAGCUUUUGGUACAGUUUACAAGGGCCUGUGGGUUCCAGAGGGAGAGGAUGUGAAGAUCCCAGUGGCCAUCAAGGUUUUGAGAGAGGCCACAUCACCAAAAGCAAACAAAGAGAUCUUGGAUGAGGCUUAUGUGAUGGCCAGUGUGGAACACCCCCAUGUGUGUCGUCUGCUUGGCAUCUGCCUGACUUCCACAGUGCAGCUCGUCACCCAGCUGAUGCCCUACGGCUGCCUGCUGGACUAUGUCAAAGAGAACAAGGAUAAUAUCGGCUCCCAGUACCUGCUCAACUGGUGUGUGCAGAUAGCCAAGGGUAUGAACUACCUGGAGGAGCGCCACUUAGUACACCGUGACUUGGCAGCAAGAAAUGUCCUGGUGAAGACUCCUCAACAUAUCAAGAUCACUGACUUUGGUCUGGCCAAACUCCUCAACGCAGAUGAGAAAGAGUACCAUGCAGAUGGCGGAAAGGUACCAAUAAAAUGGAUGGCUCUUGAAUCUAUCCUGAACAGAACAUACACACACCAGAGUGAUGUAUGGAGUUAUGGUGUAACAGUUUGGGAGCUGAUGACAUUUGGGACCAAACCGUAUGAUGGGAUUCCAGCCAGUGAAAUAGCUGGGGUCCUGGAGAAAGGGGAGCGACUGCCUCAACCACCAAUCUGUACUAUAGAUGUCUACAUGAUCAUGGUGAAAUGUUGGAUGAUUGAUGCGGAUAGCCGACCUCGUUUCCGGGAGCUAAUAGCUGAGUUUACAAAGAUGGCUCGGGAUCCUCCUCGUUAUCUGGUCAUUCAGGGUGAUGAUCGCAUGCACCUGCCUAGUCCUGCAGACACUAGAUUGUACCGCAGCCUGAUCAGCGGGGAGGACAUGGAGGACGCUGUCGAUGCAGACGAGUACCUGGUGCCACAACAUGGCUUCUUCAGCAGCCCGAGCACCUCCCACACCCCGCUGCUUCACUCCACAAGCCUCAACAGCAGCGUUGGAACGUGCCACAGCAGAAAUGGCUUAUUGAAUGGAUUCCCGAGCAGAGAUGGAAGCCUGGUUCUCCGGUAUAUUCCUGACCCCACAGGCAAACUUUUAGACGAGGCCUUCCAGCCAGCUCAAGACUACAUGAACCAGAACGGAGUCUCAGAUGUGAUGAAUCCCAUCUACCAGCACCCUGGUCCACCUCGCACCAUCCUUCCCACCAUCUCUUCAGACGACACAGAGACAGAGUACCUGAACUGCUUUAAAAACGGGGCCAAUGGACCCGAGUAUCUUAACGAGAUCCCGUCCCCCGCCAUCCUCCCGCUCACCUCCAAUGGCACAGUCCACAGCAUUCAGAAAUACCAGCCCCAGAAUAGCAUAGACAACCCUGAUUACCAACAGGAUUUCACUCCCACCUUCAAGACCCACGCCAAUGGACACAUCCCAGCGGCGGAGAACGCAGAGUACCUGGGCCCAGACUGAAGACUUAGUGGAUACAGACAAGAAAUAAGAGACUGUUUCCUGUUCCAUUCAGAAAGGGCAUUGCUAUCUUAUCUGGGUAAACAUAGCUAAGUGGUACCAUCAGUUAUCAUAUAUGUUGUAUCCUGUCUUACGGAGUCAGGUGACUUUGUGCAGCUUCCUGUGUUGUUUGCAUGCAGUCAUACAAAACCCCUCUCAUUCCAAAGAGUUUUUUCUUACCACUAGACUACAAAUGACUCUUUCUUGAUGAAAGCUGGACGGAAGCUGACUCAUACAUGACUCAGUUGACUUGAGAGUUGUCGGACCAGAUACAUAUAUGUUGUAACCCCUGUCACAAAGUGAAAGUCUCUUCUGAAAAUCUCAGAAGUGAAAAUCUCUCUAAACGUUGUGGACAAAAGGCUGUUAUGUGAUCCAAAGGUGUCAGUGGAGGACUGCUAUUAAAAAGGAUGUCAACGCCUUCAUUUUUUUAGGAGGCAGAAGCUCUAUUGCGAAGAACAGAAACUGGCAGCUCAACCCAAAACACAACCUAAGGUACACGUGUUGUAGAAUCACAAGUUAGAUACACAAUCAUUCAUUCAGUCAGUCAGCAGUAUUGAUAUGUUGAAAUUUAAACACACAGUGCUGCUUUCACUUGACGCUGAUGUGAAACCUCAGAUCAUUUCUCUGUGGUGAAGUCAAGCUGAUUAAAGGGAGUUUUUAAGAGUAAAAUGCUGACUAGACUGUUGGGGUCCUCAGAGGCCUGAUGACCCUCAUACUGAACGAUGAGUCAAUGAGGAAACAAAAUGUUGCAAUUUAUAGAAUGUAUGCCAGUUUAAAGGGGAAUACUGUUGAAUUGUAACGUUUAAAUAUGUUACCUUUAUGCUCUGAGACAGUUCUGUAUGUAUUACAGAGAGUAGAGUUUCCUGUGUCCCCUCACACUGACUAUGUAAAGAAUGUAACGGUAAAUAUAGCAAAUGUGAUUGUGGUCAUAUUCACACUGCUGUGUUUUGCAGUUCAAAACCUGCAGCGCUCUCGCAGCAUGAAGCAUAGUUGUGUACAAACCCACAAAGUUAGCUAAAUUCUGAGCUUUAUAUCAGUAUGGGACAUUAGUUUGUGUACCCAGGAAGCUUUUUAUGGCCCUUUUACUGAUGACUUCCCACAGAUGAUAACUUUUGUAACACUCACAGUGCACUCUCAGCUUAUCAAAUUUGAUGAUCAACAGAUUGACACGAAUGCAAAAAACUUUACCAGGAAAACUAUAUAGCUUCAAAAUAAUAGUGUUCACUAUUUUUAUGUUUGUUUGUUUUUUCCAAUAGUUUGAAAAAUGCCAGGUGAACUGUCCUGGGUCAUGUUUUAUUUGAAUGGCUCUACGUCAAGUCAGAAACUAAGAAUGUUUCAGAUGUUCGUGGUUUAAUGUAUCUGUAUUAUUACCUGGAGAAUUUAUCUUCUCUGAAUAUUUUUUUUUAACAAAAGUGUAGACUUGUUUCACACAGGGUGGUGACACCACAUCUAUGAAUCUGCUCCUAGCUUUAAAGUCUUGUAGUCUUGCAAGAGCAUUAACAUUGCAAAUGUUAUUCCUAGUUUUAAAGGAAUAAACUAUUGUAGCAACCUGUGAGCCUACUUUUGCAGAUUUUACACAGGUACAUGUACAGAAAACAGUGAGUAUGCUGUAAUAUACCCAAAAAUAGUCAACUAUAAUUUAUACUCAGUACACUGUUUUGUCACAGUCACAUCAUACGUGAAUACGCACUUAUUCCUGAAUUGUGAUUAUUUCAUUCAAAAGUGAACAUGAAUAAAUCUUUUUUUCUAUGCAAA